AUGGCUACCAUCAUUCUAGGAACGCAAUGGGGAGAUCAACUAAGCAAUCAUACAGGGAAACUUACCGACAUUCUCUGCCCGAAAGCGCAGGUCUGCGCCAGAGCUGCCGGCGGCCAUAAUGCAGGACACUCAAUUGUCGCGAAUGGCGUGUCAUACAGCUUCCAUCUGCUUCCUUCCGGCCUCAUCAACCCGAAUUGCAUGAAUCUCAUCGGCUCCGGAGUCGUCUUCCACGUCCCCAGCUUCUUUUCCGAGCUUGGCCAACUGGAGGAGAAGGGCUUGACGGGCGUCCGUGGCCGCAUACUUGUCUCCGAUCGGUGCCAGGUCAACUUUGAUCUCCAUGCAGCGGUAGACGGAUUGGAAGAGAUCGAGCUAGCCGAACAGAAGAUAGGGACUACUGGACGAGGAAUUGGGCCCUCGUACAGCACGAAAGCCGCGAGAAGCGGUGUCAGAGUCCACGAAAUAUUCGACCAGGAGGUAUUCGAGACAAAACUGCGGCGGCUUGCGGCUGGGUACAAGAAGAGGUUCGGCGAUCUCCUCAAGUACGACGUCGAGGAGGAAAUUGCGCGCUUCCGCGAGUAUCGCCCGCAACUCGCGCAAUACUGCGUUGACGCCGUCAAAUACAUGAAGGACGCGCAAGACCGCAAUUACAAGAUCUUGAUCGAGGGCGCGAAUGCUCUGAUGCUGGAUAUCGACUAUGGUACCUAUCCGUAUGUCACCAGCAGUAACACCGGUCUCGGUGGGAUUUUCACCGGGCUUGCGAUAAACCCCACGAAAAUCAACCAUAUUAUCGGUGUUGUGAAGGCCUACACCACCAGAGUAGGCGAGGGCGCCUUCAAAACCGAAGAUACGGACGAGGUCGGCACAAAGCUGCAAGAUAUUGGUCGGGAAUGGGGGGUCAGCACCGGCAGGAAACGUAGAUGCGGGUGGCUGGACCUCGUGGUAUUGAAAUACUCGACCGCUGUCAACCACUACACUGCCUACAACCUGACCAAGCUCGAUGUUCUGGACACCUUCCCAACCAUCAAGGUUGCCGUAGCUUACAAGAUCCGCGAGACUGGAGAGGAACUCGACUACUUCCCCGCGGACCCGGCACUCCUUGAAUCAUGUGAGGUCGUCUACCAUGAGAUGGAGGGCUGGCAAAAGGAUAUCCGAGGCGCCAAGACCUACUACGACUUGCCAAAGCAGGCGCGCGCCUACGUCGAGUUCGUCGAGAAGUUCUGUGGUGUGCCCAUCGCGUGGAUCGGGACAGGGCCUGACCGAGACGACAUGAUCUACCGUACCAAGGCGAUAGGGAUAGAUGACUAGACGUCGCAGUUGGACUGGCCUCGGUCGUGGACCCCGCGUCGGGAAUGACGGAGAGAUAAAACGUGGAGCUUUGUUGAGGCACCAUAUAUAGACAGUCUAAACUAUUGGAUAUAGACGUUCCUGCCGUUCAUCUUUUCCUCGUAGACAAUGUAAUUGUUCGUGUAGAUCGUGCUCUUCGCAAAUAUUUAUCUUUGCUGGGAGUCCCCACGUUUGGUAUACAGCCUCAGCAAGUGAAAAUGACAAUCUAAUCAAAGCAAAGCAUGCGCACUAUUCCGUACAUGGCACAUUUGAGAGGUCGAAGACCAAUAUGCUGGGAUAGACCGGACGUU